UUAACUCCGUUUAUUAUUUCAUUGUUACUUUGGCCGAAUGUGUUUAAAUGACACACACUAUUCAUCCACUGACCUGCUCCACAUGUAGGAAUUGUUCUUUGGUUCUACGGUCUGUUUUUCUUCCACUUCUGAGCUUAUAUUGACCAAAAAAUUCUGCACCAAUUUUAAUGCUUGUAAUUCAUUCUGCUCACACUGAAAGGUUAACUUGUUUUUUUCACUGCUGAUUGCCUGACCCGUUCAGUAUUUACAGCAUUUGCAUGUUUGAUUUCAGAUUCCCAGUGGCUGCAAUAUUUUGCUAACAUUGUAUUCCAGCCCUCCAGUGUAAGUGCUUUUGAAAAAAAGGAGGUAUUCAGCAUGUUGUGCCAUUGCUGAUUCUUUGCAAGUGGAAGGAUUGGCAGUACCGGAUCUCAAACCAAACAUCACAUCAGGAUCUGACGGAAAUGGGUGAUUUCUUCCGGGACCUGAACGUUGUCAGUCUUUGAAAAUGGAAAGAGAAAGCACCGUUCACAGUGGAGAGAAGCCGUGGAAAUGUGGGGAGUGUGGGAAAGGAUUCAAUUACCCAUCCCAGCUGGAAACUCAUCGACGGAGUCACACUGGGGAGAGGCCGUUCACCUGCACCACAUGUGGGAAGGGCUUCACCGAAUCGUCGUCCUUGCAGAAACACCAGCGUGUUCACACUGAUGAGAGGGAAUUUAAAUGUUCCAACUGUGAAAAGACCUUUAAGAACCCGCAUGCACUGACUGAGCACCAGCAAGUUCACAUUGGUUUUGCACCAUUCAGUUGCUCCCAGUGUGCGAAGAGGUUCAGGACUUCGUCCCAACUGUUGAGGCAUCAGCCAGUUCACACUGAUGAGAGACCUUUUAAAUGUCCAGACUGUGGGAAGUGUUAUAAAAUUUCUAGGGACCUGAUGCUCCAUCAGCGCGUUCACACUGAUGAGAGACCAUUCAGGUGCUCUCACUGCGGGACUGGGUUCAGGCGGUCAUCUGACCUGACCGCACACCAGCGGGUUCACACCGGGGAGAGGCCGUUCACCUGCUCUGAGUGUGGGAAGGGAUUCACUCAGUUGUCCACCCUGCACAAUCACAGGCGGGUUCACUCUGAGGAGAGACCAUUCACAUGCUCUGUGUGUGGGAAGGGAUUUAGCCGGUCAUGCACCCUGCUAAAUCACCAGCGAGUUCACACAGGGGAAAGACCUUUUAAGUGUCCAGACUGCGGGAAGUGCUAUAAAAGUUCUGGGGACUUGAUGUACCAUCAGCGUGUUCACACGGAUGAGAGACCGUUUCGGUGCUCUCACUGCGGGACUGGGUUCAGGCGAUCGUCUCAGCUCACUGUACACCAGCGGAUUCAUACCGGGGAGAGACCAUUCAUCUGCUCAGUGUGUGGGAAGCGAUUUAAUCAAGCGUCCAACCUGUUGAGGCACCAGCGGGUUCACCAAUAACAGGAGGGGCUGAUUUUGUUAUUGCUGCUGCUGAUCAUAUACAGAACUGAACCUGUUCGUUCUGACAGCAGGGGUUUGCUGCUGAUGUCAGUUUCCCAUGUUAGGAUUAGUGAGAGUCCCCACGACAUCUCUCAUUUAUGUGUCAUUCUGUUUGCAAACCUCAUUUCUAAAUUUAAAUCCACACAGGAUCUGUAGUGAACAGAAGAUGAAUAUGUAAACUGGUCAUAGCCCAGUCCUGCAGCUGUAUAGUGACAGGAGCAAGUCUGUUCAGUAACUCAAAGAUGAGGCUGUAUACCCUCUGAAAGUUGGUAGUCUUACUUGUAGACUUGAGCUCUUUGAUAGAGGGGCUGUACAAAGCUGUUAACCCAUCAGACAUUGAAGGGAUCUCUCAGAGUAAGCUCACCAAUUGGUCACCUCACGCUCUGUUCCCUGAUGUGACGAACACUCGGCAUCUGUUGGUGCUGAUUUAUUGUGAAGCACUGACUGACCUGUGGCACCUUUGUUCUUUGUUUUGUGAAGUCACUCCCAUAUUAGAUCUGAACGGCUGGAUUUCUCUGAUUACGUUCACAUCUCUCUAUAAAGAAUCCAUCUGCCCACAUUGCACUGUAACGUAUGAACAACAAACAACGGUUAUGGUGCGACUUAGAGUCUGGUAUCUCUUGGUGAGUUGCCAGGAAUGAUUGAAUUGACUCACUCUGCACCUUGGGGGAACAGACUGAGGUUUAAUGAACAUAAGAGAGAGGCCCUUCAAGCCUGUCUUCAACUGCAACUCCACCUUCUGGAAUUGUUCCCAUAUCCUUUAAUUCCCUUCAUACAAAAAAUACUAUCGAUCUCAAUGACUGAGAAUCCAAGGCACCCCCACCUCCAAUAGAGAAGUCUACAGAUGCACCAGCCUUCGAGUUAAGAACUUCCUUCUCAUCUCAGUCCUAGAUGGUCACCCCAUUAUUUUAAGACUGCACCUUUCAUUCCUUUUUGAUACUUGGUUUCCCAACCAUGGACACCAGACCUUAGGAAGGAUAAUAUUAGCUGUGGACGGAGUAUAAUGUAGGUUUACAAGAAUGAUACUUGGACAUAAUGGGUCAAGAUGUGAGGAGAGAUUAUAUAAAUUAGGCCUGUUUUCUCAAGAAUUUAGAAGAUUAAGAGGUGAUUGGGUCGAAGUCUUCAGGAUUUAACAAGAAAAGGCUACAUAACAGAUUACAUAAACAUAAACUAUUUCCUCUGGUUGGAGAUUCUAGAACAAGUGGGCAGAGUCUGAGAAUUAGGGCCAAACUGUUCAGGAGAGUUGUUAGGAAGCACUUCUAUACACAAAGAGUGCUAGAUGUUUGGAACUCUCUUCCAAAAACUACAGUGGAUGCUGUAACAGUUGGUAAUUUUAAAUUUGAGAGGAAGAACUUUUUUUUGUUAAGCUAUAGGCAGGUAUAUGGAGUUACGUGUAGAUCAGCCAUUGAAUGGUAGAACAGGCUUAAGGGGCUGAAUGGCCUACUCCCGUUCUUACGAUUUUUUUGUUCUGUCUUAACCAUAAAGACAGGUAGAAAUUAUUUAUUUAAUGUCCCUGCUAUUUCCUUGUUCCCAUUAUAAUUUCGGCUAUCUCUGCCUCUCAUGGGACCAGUUCACUGUCACUUAUUUCUUCCUAGUUACAGAUCUGUGGAAAUGUUCAUAAUCUGUUCUUUAUGUUUCUUGCUGAUUCAUCUCAUUCUCUUUCCUUAUGAAUUUCUUGCUCCUCCGUUCUGAAGAAAUCCAUGGACAUUUCACAGCACAAUUGUGUGGUACUUGUCCAGUUACAUGUGCUCAUGUGAAUAGGAUUCGCAGUUCACCAGAGUGCGCACAUUCCUCUAUGAUUGCAUAGGGUUCCUGCAUUUCCAUUAUCUUGCUAUUCUAAACUCAUACAAAUCAGUUCAAGGCAUCAGAGUCACCACUGCCACCUCCACCACCCCCCCCCCCCAACCCCCCCACCACCCCACACCCCAGCCAAAGCUUCCGUCCUACAGAUUAACACACAGGAAAAGAUCACAACUCUGUGAUCUCACCUGACAGUCAUACUGGACAAGUCGGAACCCAGAGUAAAACCUGUCUUGAUAGAUCACAAGUUUUACUUUUGCAAUUUGGUUACCGUGUGAUCAGUCACUGAAGAUAUCCACAGAAGGCUGCCAAUGUAUUUUUAAUAAAAGAACAUCAACAUUUGUUACAGAAAAGAAUAAAAUACAGCAAUGAAAAUAUGUGUAUGCCAAAUUGAGAAGGUCAUUUAACAGCAAAAAGGGACAAUUCACCUCUUCUUUGUUCCCAGCAAUAUCCUUUGUAGAUACGCAACUCUUUAAAUGGACGUCAAUGUAUGACGUAUGAUCUGUAAGUUGGCAGAUGACAUGAAUAUUGGUGUUAUGGUAAAUAAUGAGGAGGAAAGGAUCAGACUACAGGACAAUAUAGACUGGAUGGUCAGAUGGGCUGAAUUUAACACUGAAAACUGUGAGGUGAUGCAUUUUGGGAGAACUAAUAAGCCAAAGGAGUACACAGUUAAUUGCAGGACCCUAGGAAGUACAAAGGAUCAGAGAGACCUUGACGUGUAUGCUCACAUAUCCUUGAAGGCAGCCCAACAGGUAGAUAAUAUGGUUAUGAAAGCAUAUGGGAUACUUGCUUUCAUUAGACAAGGCAUUGAAUACUGCAGCAAGGAGGUUAUAAUGGGGCUACACUCACCACACUGUAGGUAGGGUGUGAUUGCAUAAGGCAGGGUACAGAAGAGAAUCAGCAGGAAGUCAGAAUGUUGCCUGGGCUGGAAUGAUUCAACUAUGAAGAGAAACUAGAUAGGAUGGUGUUAGAGCAGAGAAGGCGGACAGGGGAACCUGAUUCAGGUAUACAAGCUUAUGAGGGGUAUAGGUAGGAAGAAACGUUUUCUCUUAGUAGAGGUGUCAAUGAGCAGAGCACAGGUUUACGUAAAGGAACAGGAGGUUUAGCGAGAAUUUGAAGAAAACGUUUUUCACCUAGAGGAUGGUGGGUAUGUGGACCCUCACUAUCUAAGGAGUAGUAGAGGUAGGAACAAUCAAGGCAUUUAAAAAAUAUUUAGAUGCACACUUGAAAUGCCAUAGAAUAUGAAGCUGUGGGCCAAAUGCUGGAAAAUAGGUUAAGAGUAAUGCUUAUCGUCUGGCGCAGACACAAUGGGCCAAAGGGCCUUUCUUCAUGCUGUUAAAACUCUGAUGAAGCUUUACUCCUAUUUUUAAUUUCUUACUUAACUGAUGAGAUUGCAAGCUUUCCAUUUCAGACAUCCUGCACACUCACCAUGAGAUUCUCUACUUCUCCCAGAAACACUAAGGGACAGGUUAAGCCACUGGAUUUCCUCACUGAACCUUAAGAGAAACUCCGGGUCUUUCCUAGCCUUUCCCCUGGGACAGCCAAACAACUAAAGACUUCCUUCCAGCCUGAAGACCUCCACAAACUAAAUUACCCUCCUGGAAUAUCUUUUUCUUCUGAACUCAACCUAUUGGAGGCCUGAAUCAUCUGUUUCCCUUGCAGGUCACACAAAACCACAACUCAGAAAACAUUUCAUUAAUUAAAUAGCCAGGUAACUUACUAGUCAUUUAACAUAAGUCACAUGCUUUUUUCAAAAUGGUGUUUAAACUCAUUAUUAGAAACUAACUUUCUGACCUCUUUAAAAAUAAUCCCCUUAACAGAACCAAAAUCAAAACCCAUUUACCUCUACUUUUGUAUUCAGGUUCCUCAAUAGUCAAAUUAAAAACAUUUAAUUUAAUCCUCCUGACUUUAUUAACAGAAGAGGAACACGAUUCCUACAGACCUCAGAAACUGGAUGACUGAAUAAUUCUGUUCCCCCACAAGGAACAAAUUUUAUGGCACCUCUUCGCUGUGAAUGUGUUAGUGUUUCUGGAAGCUGGACAACUCAGUGAAUCCCUUCUCAUACAUGGUGCAAGUGAGUGGCAUCUCCAUCAAUGAGUUUCCAGCUGGGAUGGAGAACUGAACCCCUUUCCACACUCUUCAAAUUUCCAUCAUUUCUCCCUGUUAUCAUAGAAUCCUGACAGCAUGGAAGCAGGCAAUUUGCCCCAUUGAGUCCAUACUGACCCUCCGAAGAGCAUCCUACCCAAAUCCAUCCCACUGCCCUAUCCCUGUAAUCCCGCAUUUUCCACAGCUAAUCCAGCUAACCUACACAUCCCCUGGACACUAUGGACAAUUUCACAUGACCAGUCAUACCUCUGAACUGUGGAAGGAAACAGGAGCACUGAGACAUGGGAAGAAUGUGCAAACUCCACAGACAGUUGCCUAAGGGUAGAAUUGAACCUGGGUCACUGGCGCCAUAAGGCAGCAGUGCUAACCACUGAGCCACUGUGCCACCUGUUGUGGGUGUCCUUGGGUCUUUCCAGAUUGAAUGACCAUCGAGUCAUACAGCACGGAAACACACCCUUUGCUCCAAUAAGUCCAUGCUGACUGCAUACCUACCUGCCUGCACUUGGCCCAUAUCCCUCCAAACAUUUCUUAUUCAUGUACUUACCUAAAUGUCUUUUGAACAUUGUAACUGUAGCUGCAUCCACAAAUUCCUCUGGAAUUUCAUUCCACACACAAACUACUUUCUGUGUCACACAGUUGCGUCUCAUGUCUUUUUUCAAUCUUUUUCCUCUCACAUUAAAAAUAUGCCCCCUUGACUUGAAAUAUCCCACCCUAGGGAAAAGACACCUGCCAUUCACCUAAUCUAAACCCUUAUAAGGUUACCUUUCAACCUCCUAUGCUCCAGUGUAAAGAGUCCCAGCCUAUCCAGCCUCUCCUCACAACUCAAACCCUCCAUUCCAGGCAACAUCUCUUCUGAAUCCUCUCCAGCUUAAUAAUAUUCUUCUUAUAACAAGGCGACCAAAACUGGACACUGAACUCCAGAAGAGGCCUCACCAACGUCCUGUACAACAUCAACAUAACGUCCCAACUCCUAUACUCAAAGCUCUGAGCAAUGAAGGCAAGCAUGUUAAAUGCCUUCUUAUCCACCCUAUCCAUAUUUGAUGCAAACUUCAAAGAAUUAUGUACCUGAACCCCUAGGUCUCUUUGUUCUACAACACUGCUCAAGGCCCUACUUUUAAAUGUAUAAGUCUCGUCUUUGUUUGUUUUACCAAAAUGUAAUACCUCACAUUUAUCCAAAUUAAAACACAUUUGGCACUCUUCAGCCCAUUGACAAGAUCUCUUGUAAUUUUAGAGAACCUUCUUCACUGUCCACUAUAACACCAAUCUUGGGGUCAUUUGCAAACCUACUAACCAAGUUUUUCUAUAUUUUCUUCUAAAUUAUUUCUAUAAAUGACAAACAAAUUUGAACCCAGCACAAAUCCCUGUGGAACACCACUGGUCACAGGCCUCCAGUCUGAAAAACAACCCUCCACCAUCAAUCUCUGUCUCCUGUCAUCAAGCUAAUUUUGUAUCCAAUUGGGAGCUCACCCUGAAUCCCAUGUGAUCUAAUGUUACUAAUUAGUCUACUGUGUGGAACCUUGUCAAAGGCUUUACUAAAGUCCAAGUAAACAAUGUCUACCACUCUGCCCUCAUCAAUCUUCUUGUUUACGUCCUCAAAAAAACUCAAUUAAGUUUGUGAGACAGGAUUUCCCUGUACAAAACCAUGCUGACUGUCCCUGAUCAUUCCUUGCUUCGCCAAAUGCACAUGAAUCCUAUCUUUCAGAAUCCCUUCCGACAACUUAUCCACCACCAAAGUCAGACUCACAGGUCUAUAGUUCACACGUUUCUCCUUACAUCCCUUCGUAAGUAAAAGCACAUUAGCCACUCUUCAGUCAUUGGCACCUCACUCAUAUUUAUAGAGGAUACAAAUAUUUGUAUAUUAACAUUAAUCAGUUGAAACCUUACACAGGGUAUAAGUCCACCAAGUUGUUAAACCCAAACAGCUUGUGAUGCAUUUAUGCUCCACUUCAGCCCCUCCCAUCUUCCUAAAUCAAAAUCUACUCUCUCAACAUCAUAUUCCCCUCUCCUUUGUUUAUUUGUCUAGCAUCCCAUAAAGGGUCAGGACUACUCACUUCAACCACUCCCUGUGGUGGUGAGUUUCACACUCCUACACCUAUUUUUUAGUGAAAAAAGUUUCUUCUUCAUUCUCUACUGUAUUUCUUGACGGCUAUCUAAUAUUGAUGGUCUCUACUUAUGUUCUACCCCACAAUAGAACAUAUUCUCUCUUUGUUCAUACUAUCAUAAGUUUAAAGACCUCUGUGACAUCACUCUCUCAGUCAGCAAUUCAAGACCUAGCCUGUCAAUCCUUUCAUCAUCCGAAAACCCACAUAUUUCUGGGAUCACCAUUGUACACCUCCUCUGCUCCCUCUCCAGUGUCUCUUUGAUAAAAGGCCACUAGCACUGCACACUGUGGGCAGUGAGAUCUUUGAUACUUGAGUCACAAAUAAUCCAAAAAUGGGGUGGAGCAGUUGAGAUCAUACCUGAUCUUGAAACAUUUAGUUCAGAUGCAACAGCUUAAAUAUGAUGUAUGAGCUAAACAGACAGGAAAUGUAUACAGCCCGUGACAGUGAGAAUGAUCGCAGAAGGGAGGAUUGCAGAGUGAGAACAAGUCUCCGUAGCCGAUGACAACAUCUCCUCCAAAUGGUUAACUGGUAGCAGCCAUUGAAGCCAAUGAGGAUAAAUUCCAAAUGUCUUCUAUGUUCAAAGUGAUUAUUUUCCCCUCAACAGUUAUUGUAACCUUUACGCAGCAGGUUUGUGUGUAGGACAUUAAAGCCAACCUUUAUCUGGGUUGGAAACAUCUUGUAUCUUUCUCGAGAUAUGUCCUGGGCAAAGAUAACAUGCCUGCCCUGUAGCUGUCAGCCAGAAAGAUGCUGCAAAAUCUUUCCUCAUCGAUGUGAAAGACUGAGAGAAAGAGAUCUAUCUGA